AUGGCCCAGAAGUACGCCAAGGACCAGCCUGCCGGCUUCACCAACCGCAUUGAGCGUGUCGCUGUCAUCGGCGCUGGCGGCUCUGUUGGCAAGCGCAUCACCACCGAGCUCCUCAAGACAGGCAAGCACACCGUCACAGCCAUAAGCCGCAAAGACAGCAACACCCCGCUCCCCUCAGGCGCAAAGGUCGUGCGCGUCGACUACGACGACGAAAACGCCGUCGUCGCCGCGCUUACGGGCCACCAAUUCCUCGUGAUCUCGCUGGCCGUCAACGCGCCCCAAGACCUCGAGGCCAGGAUCAUCCACGCCGCCGGCCGCGCAGGCAUCCCCUACAUCAUGCCCAACACCUACGGCGGCGACCUCACCAACGAGACGCUCAUGAAGGAGAUCGUCAUUGGCGCCGCGUACCUGAAGGCUGCCGCUGCGAUUGAGGCCGUCGGCGCGCAAUGGGUCGCGCUGGCUUGUGGGUUCUGGUACGAGCAUAGCCUCACGACUGGGGAGGCGUGGUUUGGUUUCGACUUCCCCAAGAAGCAGGUUACCUUUUACGACGACGGUGCGACAAAAAUCAAUGUUAGUACGUUGGAGCAGUGCGGGCGUGCCGUUGCCUCCCUCCUUAGUCUUCCCGAGUUGCCCCAGGACAGCAGCGACAGCUCGCCGACCCUGAGCAACUGGGCGAACAAGCCGCUGUUUAUUGACAGCUUCGUCGUCAGCCAGCAGGAUAUGCUGGAGAGCUGGCUGCGGGUGUCGGGCGACAAGAGGGAGGACUGGACGAUUGUCAACGAGCCCAGCCAGGCGCGGUGGGCACGGGGCAUGGAGCUCCUGCAGAAGGGCGAUUUCACGGGUAUCGGGAUGCUGAUGUACGCGAGGGCGUUCUUUCCCAAUGGCGACGGUCUCUAUGGGGCGAAGCAUGGGCUUGCUAAUGACGUGCUUGGGCUGCCCAAGGAGGAUCUGGAUGAGAGGACGGCUAAUGCUAAGGCCAUGAUGGAUCGGGGAUACCACUACUUUGGAAACAGGAACUAG